AUGGAUGAACUACAUGUACCAGAUACAGCCCAGCACUAUAUCGAGUGUGACAUAAAAUCUUGUAGAAACUUCUCUGAGUUUUAUUGCAAUACCUGUCAUCAGGGAUUCUGUGGCCAUUGCAAACAGCGCCACCUAGUGAAGAACAAAGGACAUGAGAUUGUCCUUUAUCAGGAGAAAAAAAGAAAACUUCCGUCAGAAAAAUGCAUGACCCACCCAACACAAGAUAUAGAUAUCUACUGCGAUGAUUGUCAGAAUCCUAUUUGUUCUACCUGCUUUACCCAGCACCACGGUGAUCAUGAAAAGUGUGACCUUGAAAAUAUCUACAAUGAAAUUCUACAGCAAUGUCAGAGGGAAAUAACUGAGAUCUGGAAAAAAGCAAUUCCUGGGGCUAAAAAUAAUGUCAAAUCAAUUUUAGAAAAGAGGGAUAAUGUCAAGAAAGAAAUUGCCAAGGUAAGAUUUUCCAUGAAGAAGAGAGCAGAUGAAAUGAAGGACAUUGUUGACAAUAUACUAACUGAUAAUAAUAAAAUACUGGAUGAGAUCGAGAACUCUGUGCUAAAUAUUAUGGUGGAACAUCAGAAGGAAAUAGAGGACUACAUAAAGUACCUGGAAAAAAUGAUUGUAGACUAUGAGAGUAAAAUGUCAUCAAUAAAUCCCACUGAAUUAAUCAAAUUCCAUCUAGAUAUUUCAUUAGCUACUGUGAAGAUGCCUAACAAAGCUAAACCAGAAUUGCCUAUUUUCACAGUAGGUACACUAAAUAAAAAAGAAAUAUCCAAGCAGUUUGGUGGAAUUGAACUAGAGUCAUCUGCAAAGUUUCAGCUUUCCUCUGUCACAAAAGAAAGUGAAAUAGCUAUCCAGGGACAUGCUUAUCAUUUGUCUCCCUUGGCUCUCGAUAAAUUUUGGGCUAGUGAUGUCUCAGGAUAUCUCAUUCAGUAUGAAGGAAACGUCUCAUCAAAUAAUAUACACAUCAGUUCAAGGUAUUUCCAAGGUAACCACUCAGUCACCACACAGGGAGAACUUCUUUGCACAGAUAACAGUGCAAACACUGUCUACAGAGUAACUAAUGACAUGUCCAUCAACAAACUAAUUGAGACAGGGAAAUGGAUACCUGGAGCCAUCUACUCCUCUCUUAUCAAUGAACACAUACUGGUUGGGAUGGAGAAAAAUAAAUUCAUGAGGAUAACCAGAUACAGUAGAGAAGGAAAAAAGCUACAAGACAUACAGUGGGAUGAUAAAGGACAAAAUCUUUAUCAAAGUAUUUACUACCUCACAGAGAAUAUCAACUGUGAUAUCUGGACAUCAGACUUGGAUGCUGCUAAAGUUGUGGUGGUGACUGCAACAGGAGAAUAUCGGUUUUCUUACUCUGGUCACCACUCUCAGUCUGGAUUCCAUCCUUAUGGAAUCUGUGCAAAUGUUCUUGGACACGUAUUAGUGUGCAAUGGCUUUAGUAAGAAUUACUCAAGUGUCCACCUGCUGGACAUUAAUGGUCAGUUCCUGACUCUCCUCCUCACACCAGAACAAUGUCCGUCAUCUCCCUGUGCUCUCUGUAUUGAUGAUCAACACAAUCUCUGGGUUGGAAGAAGGAACAAUUCUACUGUUUCUGUGUUCAAGUAUUUGCACAAGACGUAA